AUGCGUGCUGGACCGGAUCCCGUCUUGGAGGCACACACCUGCGACUGCUGUCGAUCUGACGAUACUCUCGCAUUCCCUUUCCACCACGGCUCUCGUCGCUCCAAGUGCGCUAGCUUCAAUGACGAUUCCGAUGCCCCAUUUGUCCUGACUGGUUCGCAAUGCCUGUCCGAAAUGGAGAGCUCGGGAGAUGGCCACGUAUAUUCCAUUCAUUCACAACCCGAUCAUGUUGGCUUUUUUGAACCUUGCGGCGAGGGCGAAUGCUUACUUGAAGCAGAGGAUAUCGACUUUGAAUUUGUUUAUGCUCUUCACACCUUCGUCGCAACCGUGGAAGGCCAAGCCAAUGCCACUAAAGGCGACACUAUGGUACUGUUGGAUGACAGCAACAGUUACUGGUGGCUGGUGCGAGUGGUCAAGGACAGCAGCAUCGUCGUUGCUGAUAUGCAGUGUGUAGGCUAUCUUCCUGCUGAGCACAUAGAGACGCCCACUGAACGACUAGCACGGUUAAACAAACAUAGAAACAUUGAUCUUUCUGCAACUAUGCUGGGCGAUCAGGCGCAAAACAAAAAGAGUACCUUCAUAGCCAUGCGAAGGAGGCGAAAAACUGUAACAUUUGCUGAUCCAACAUAUGUUGAUUAUUCCGACUUCGACUAUUCCACAGACGAUGAAGAUGUUGAAGACUUGUUCGGCUCUCAAGCGAAUACACAGCACCAAAAAGAACAACAAGAAGAAGAACAAAAGCAACACAAACAGAGACAGCAAGUCAAGCAAAACGGCACUGAAGACGUCAUUGCAGAUGAGACUGCAAAGGUUGAGCCUCUUAAAUCUCGGCCAUCAAAGGAGGAAUUAGUUGCGACGGAAUCCUCAAAGGACGCACAGGCAGAUGAUGACGAUCCCAGGACCAGCGAGGACUCAAUCGACGAAAAGCCUGAGGGUCCCAGUCGAUCGAGAAAUGGCACAGUCAGGAAUACCGACUCGUUCUUCAAGGAUGAGAGCGUAGAAACCAAGAAGAUCACCCUGACGCCGAAUCUCCUGCGUGACGAUAAUACACCAAGACCAUCCAACGACUCAACCACCAAGGAUGCUAGGUCAGGAUCAAGCUUGGACAAGAUGGAUCGUGAGCUUGUUUCCGACAAGGAAAAGAAGAAGAUGAAGGAGAGGAAAGAGAAGGACAAGAAGUCUGGCGGCCUUCGCGGAUUCUUCUCAAGAAAGGACAAAAGGAAGACUUCUGAGGAUGAUGAUGAGUCGUUCGGCAAGCGAUCCAUGGACAUCAUGUCGGAAUCACAAGGCAGCGAAGAGCGUUCCUUUGAGGAACGAUUAUCACCGGACCGCACAACAUCUCACAGGCAAACUUCCAAGGUCCAAGUGUCUGUGUCUAACAACACGGCAUCAGGAGCCGGUGCGAAGUCCGUUGAGCUUUCGUCAUAUCUUGCUGAAGGCAGAACGAACGAUGUUUCAAACGUGCCGCCAGCUUCUAUGCGGCUUGUCGACCCUGACACGAAUGAGGCCCAAGACGUGCCAGUAAACCAGACACCGACUCGGGCUGCUUCUAGGGAACGGUCAGCCUCAUCGGCUGGUCAAAAAGAGGAAAAAUCAGUCAUGUCUAAACUUGUGCCUUCCCGCAGCGCCAGCAGUGGUGCUGACCUCAAACCGCAGAAGACGGUCAAGGCCAAGACGCGCAUGGCACUUGAUACGUCUGACAGCUCCGAGCUCGAAGAGCCUCGCACGGAGCGAUCGGUUGCUGCGUCCGCUGCGCCCGCGGAACAGGAACAUGGAGAUGGGAUUGAUCAGCGGCCCACAAGACCUCGCGUCGACAGCGCUCAAGUCCACUCGACGGCCAGAGCUGUUCUUGCUCAGCAAAGUCCAAUAGAUCAAAAUCCUGAGAGAAAUGGGUCCUCGCUGCCAGUUCAUGCAUCCAAUCCGCCUCCACUCGUGGCCGAUACUUCGUCGCCGGAGGAUAACUCGCCCGAAGUCUCGCCAUCACCAGAGCUUGCAGAGACUGUUGACAAGCUUGCCAGGGAGGGUAGCUCCGUCAGCAGUGCAAAGGAAGGGACAUGGGAUGACACAAAGCUUCGGGCCUUCUUUGAUGAGAGUGAUCAUAUUCGUGACCUACUGGCGGUCGUAUAUGAUAAGACGAAUGUUGAGCCGGCAGGACUAGACCAUCCUGUCGUCGGCGGCCUCUUCCGAGAGCAAAAUGCUAAAUUGGCAGAAAUCACAACGGUGAGCAACAGCCUGUUCCAAAACUAG